ACCCUACGCACGCACCGGACUAGGGACCGUGUAAGCGCGUCUCAUUCUGGGAAAGCUCGAUUCUUUUUUUCUUCGCGACUCGCGAGCCAGCCUUUCAGGAGCGAGUUCUCUAUGUAGCUGACCUCGCUUCACUUGUCGGGGUUGUCAUAGCCUGGAUCUCCGAUCAGCUUAAAUGAUAUGGCCUCCUCACAAAAUGUUGAAUUGGAGGCAGCAAAAUUUCUGCACAAACUCAUUCAGGAUUCUAAAGAUGAGCCAGCCAAGUUGGCUACUAAACUCUAUGUGAUACUUCAACACAUGAAAUCAAGCGGGAAGGAACAUUCAAUGCCGUAUCAAGUGAUAUCAAGGGCAAUGGAAACUGUUAUAAAUCAGCAUGGUCUUGAUAUUGAAGCAUUGAAGUCUUCACGCCUUCCCUUAACUGGCGGAGCCCAAAUAGGGCCUUCACAGGCUGUAGGUGUUCCAAAGGAUUCCAGAGUGGGCUUGGCUGAACAUGAUAUGUCCAAAAUGGAACCAUUUGCUUCUAACCGGCCACCUGUUGCCCCAAGUAGUGGAGCUCCUGAUUAUUAUCAGGGAUCUGUGGCUCAGAGGAGUAGUCAGUCUUUUGAUCAAGAAAGUCCUUCUAGUUUGGACUCAAGGUCUGCGAACUCACAGUCACAAGACAGACGUGAUACUGCUAACUGGGAAAAGCAGGGGAGUCAAAAGGAUGGUAAGAAAACCGCAACAAAGAGAAAGAGAGGAGAUACAUCUUCACAUGUGGAGCCACAUGUUGAUGGUUCUUCUCAACUUGAUUCCCGUAAUACUGUCGUUAAUGCUAGGAAGGGGAAAAUGGCAAAAGCCGAACCAUCAGAUGGCCUUCCAGUUAAAACUGGUGCUUAUGGUAAGGCUCAUGGAGGGAUGGCAGUUGCUACUGGUGCAUAUCCAUUGGCAGAACCAACUUUUUCAAGUCCAAUGCAGUAUGGUGGUGGUCUUGAGCAUGAUGGGGGAAGCACAGCUAUUUUAGCUGAUGCACAUAAAGCGGCACAGAUUGGAAGGCAAAACAGUGCCACCGAAAUGGCUAUGCCAAGACAAAGUGUUCCUUCCAGAGAUACUGGAAAAUCCCCUGUUUUGCCUCAGCCUGCAUCAUCUUCCACGCCUUUUAAAGAACAACAGUUAAAGCAGCUUCGAGCUCAGUGCCUUGUUUUUCUAGCAUUCAGAAAUGGUUUGCCACCAAAGAAAUUACAUCUUGAGAUUGCACUGGGAACCACUUUUUCUAGAGAAGAUGGUUCCCGCAAAGAGCUGAUUGACCAAAAAGGAAAAUCACUAUCUUCAAAUGAAACCAAUAAUGCGCCUGGGAUGUUGAUGCCAUUUGGAGGACUAAACAAUGUGAGAACAACUGAUAAAAACCCUUCUCUGUCUUCUUCUGCUGGAAAGAUUCUGGAGGCUGAUUCAUUUUCAAGAGGGGUUGAGAGCCCAAAUAUGAUGGAGGACAAAGGUAACCUGCAUUCUGAUGUCCAUGCACUCGUAGAAGAAAGGAAGCAUCUCCUGGCUGCACAAGCUUGUUCAAACCCAACAUUUCAGCCACAUGAUUCUGUGAGUGCGAGGGGUUCUUUAGUUGUUAACAAUCAUUUGGAUGAUGUUGACAACAGUAAUCUGCAGGUUGGAAGGUCUAACCAGGCAUCUACUAUCAUGGGUCUGAAUAAGCCUGUAAAUCCUGAUGGCAUUAACUGGUCUGGAUUUGUCAGUCACAAUGACACUCUGAAGGGCACCCUACAGGUGUCUGCUGUUCAGCAUGAGUUGCCUGUCGAGAGAAGAGAGAAUAUUCUGAGUCAUUUUCAAAAUAUUGGUAAUAACAAUGGUGGAUCUCGGAAUCACAGUUCUGUCAGUCACUUGCCUUCUUAUUCCUUAAAGGAGCACUGGAAACCUGUAUCAGGAUCUGACAGUGAUCCUCAGGGAGCUACCAUGUUGAAGGAUGUGAAUGUUAUGACAAAACAUGUUUCUAUGGAGGUAGAAGGGAAUGGGAGAUUUGCGUCAGCUGAAAUGCCAGCAUCUCCAAGAUUUACAAUGUCAGAGAAAUGGAUAAUGGAUCAGCAAAAGAAGAGGCACCAAUUUGAGCAAAAUUGGGUACGAAAGCAGCAGAAGACAAGGCAAAAAAUUAUUUCAUGCUUUGACAAGCUAAAGGAAAAUGUGAACUCAUCUGAAGAUAUAUCUGCUAAGACAAAAAGUGUUAUAGAACUGAAAAAACUUCAACUAUUGGAUCUCCAACGUCGUCUCCGAAGUGAUUUCUUGAAUGAUUUUUUCAAACCGAUUACAUCUGAGAUGGACCAUUUGAAGUCAAUUAAGAAACAUAGGCAUGGUAGGAGGAUUAAGCAACUUGAAAGGUUUGAGCAGAAAAUGAAGGAAGAGCGUCAGAAGAGAAUUCGAGAGAGGCAGAAGGAGUUUUUCGGUGAGAUUGAAGUUCACAAGGAAAGGCUAGAUGAUGCAUUCAAAAUCAAGAGGGAACGGUGGAAGGGUUUCAAUAGAUAUGUGAAGGAGUUCCAUAAAAGAAAGGAACGCAUUCAUCGAGAGAAGAUUGAUAGAAUUCAGAGGGAAAAGAUUAAUUUGUUGAAAAUAAAUGAUGUGGAGGGGUAUCUGCGCAUGGUGCAGGAUGCAAAAUCAGAUCGGGUGAAGCAACUUCUUAAGGAGACAGAGAAGUACCUUCAAAAGCUUGGAUCGAAGCUUCAAGAGGCAAAAACUGCAGCUGGUCGUUUUGAGCAUGAUGUUGAUGAGGCAGGAAAUGGAAGUAUGUUUGAGAAAAAUGAGACAACUCUUGAAAAUGAGGAUGAGAGUGAUCAGGCAAAGCAUUAUUUGGAAAGCAAUGAGAAGUAUUAUAUGAUGGCCCACAGUAUAAAGGAGAGCAUUGCUGAGCAGCCAUCUUCUCUGCGGGGUGGAAAAUUGAGGGAGUAUCAAAUGAAUGGCCUGAGGUGGCUGGUUUCGCUAUACAACAAUCAUUUGAAUGGAAUACUUGCUGAUGAAAUGGGACUGGGUAAAACUGUUCAGGUUAUUGCUCUGAUUUGCUACCUGAUGGAGACUAAAAAUGAUAGAGGACCUUUUCUUGUGGUUGUUCCAUCUUCAGUUCUACCUGGUUGGGAGUCAGAAAUUAAUUUUUGGGCUCCUGGCGUUCUUAAAAUUGUCUACUCUGGACCACCAGAGGAACGGCGGCGGUUAUUCAAGGAAAGGAUUGUUCACCAGAAAUUUAAUGUCCUAUUGACAACAUAUGAGUAUCUAAUGAACAAGCAUGAUAGGCCUAAGUUGAGCAAAAUACAUUGGCACUAUAUAAUAAUUGAUGAAGGCCACCGCAUAAAGAAUGCUUCUUGCAAGUUGAAUGCUGAAUUGAAACACUAUCAGAGCUCUCAUCGGUUGUUGUUGACUGGAACACCAUUGCAGAACAAUCUUGAAGAACUGUGGGCUCUACUUAACUUCUUGUUACCUAACAUAUUUAAUUCAUCAGAGGACUUUUCUCAAUGGUUCAACAAACCAUUUGAGAGUAAUGGAGACAGUUCACCUGAUGAGGCUUUACUGUCUGAGGAGGAGAAUCUCUUGAUCAUAAACCGUCUACAUCAAGUUCUGAGGCCUUUUGUACUUCGCAGGCUAAAACAUAAGGUUGAAAAUGAGCUGCCUGAAAAGAUCGAAAGACUUGUAAGAUGUGAGGCUUCUGCAUAUCAAAAACUUCUGAUGAAGAGGGUGGAAGACAAUCUCGGUUCUAUUGGCUCUUCAAAGGCUCGAUCUGUACAUAAUUCUGUUAUGGAGCUCCGUAAUAUUUGCAACCAUCCAUAUCUCAGCCAACUGCAUGCUGAGGAGGUGGAUAACUAUAUACCCAAGCAUUAUCUGCCCCAUAUUGUAAGACUUUGUGGGAAGCUUGAAAUGUUGGAUCGAUUAUUACCUAAGUUGAAGGCCACAGAUCAUAGAGUGCUUUUCUUUUCAACAAUGACUAGGCUUCUUGAUGUUAUGGAGGAAUACUUAACCUUGAAACAGUAUCGUUAUCUUCGAUUGGAUGGGCAUACAUCUGGGAGUGAUCGUGGUGCCCUAAUUGAUUUGUUUAACCAGCCUGGCUCUCCAUUUUUUAUAUUCUUACUCAGCAUUCGAGCUGGUGGUGUUGGAGUGAAUCUUCAAGCUGCUGACACGGUGAUCAUAUUUGACACUGACUGGAAUCCACAGGUUGAUUUGCAAGCACAGGCAAGAGCUCAUAGAAUUGGUCAAAAGAGGGAUGUUCUUGUUCUUCGCUUUGAAACAGUCCAAACUGUUGAAGAGCAAGUUAGAGCUGCCGCUGAGCACAAACUAGGUGUUGCCAAUCAGAGCAUUACUGCUGGUUUUUUUGACAACAAUACAAGCGCUGAAGAUCGAAGAGAAUACUUGGAGUCCCUCCUGCGGGAGUGUAAGAAAGAGGAAGCAGCACCUGUAUUAGAUGAUGAUGCUCUAAAUGAUCUCUUGGCUCGCAGUGAAAUGGAGUUGGAUAUAUUUGAGGCUGUUGACAAAAAGAGGAGGGAAGAAGAAAUGGCUGCAUGGAAGAAAUUGAUACUUGGCCAGGCAGCUGAUAGUUCUGACCUUAUAAUUCCACUUCCAUCUCGUCUUGUAACUGAUGAUGACUUGAAAAAUUUCUAUGAAGCAAUGAAGAUAUAUGAUGUGCCUAAGGGUGCAGUAGUUUCUAGUGGAGUAAAGCGGAAAAGUGAAUAUCUUGGGGGCCUCGAUACUCAACAUUAUGGGAGGGGAAAACGUGCCAGAGAGGUGCGUUCUUAUGAAGAGCAAUGGACAGAAGAGGAGUUUGAGAAGAUAUGUCAGGUCGAAUCUCCAGGAUCACCCAAAGUAAAAGAAGAAGUAGUAGAAACGAGUGGCCCAGUAAAUUCUUCCAACUCAAUUGCAGCUACUUCUAAUGUUGAACCUGCAGCCAUCCCUCCAGUGGUCCCGACUCUGCCAUCUGUGGAGAGCUUACCUGUACAGCAAACAAAAGAGAUAACCCCACCAGCUAAACGAGGUCGAGGAAGGCCAAAAAGAGUAACAUCAGAUAAGGCACCAGCUGCUGUGGUUCCUCUGGCACCUCCUGCAGCUAUUGGAGUCGACAUGCAGUUACAGAAAGGGACUUUGUCUGGGCCUAUAACAUCAUCUAGUCCCCACUCAUCUGAAGUUGUAGGGACUAUUGGACCCAUGCAGCACUCUGAUACAGGAGUUGCUCCCAGCUCAGAGGUUGCUAUUCCUUUAUCAACAGCUGUUCCCCAUAAGCAAUCUACUGCUGCUUCUGUUUCUGUACCAAUUCAAGCAAGAGGACAAGGGCGGAAAACUCAAAGUGGAGGCGAAGCACCCAGACGUAGAGGGAAGAAGCAGGCUGUGGUGUCAUCUCUCAUACCUGGUGGUUCUGUUGGUCCUGAUUUGAAGGUAAAUGAACUAGAGGAUAAAGCCACAAACUCAUCUGCAGACCAAGCUAUUUCCCAGAGUAUACACAAUCAAGAUAUUGCAUCAGCUUCUACAUCUUUAAACAGUGGAAAGGAUCAUCACUUGGGUGCUGGAAAUUCUCUGAAUCCUCAGGUACCUCCAUCUUUGCCCUCUACUACUCCUGUGUCUCAAACUGCCCCUACUUGCCCCACUGUUCCUACGCAGAAUAAGGGUCAAAGUCAGAAGUCACAAAGUGGAGGAGGAACUCCCAGGCGCAGGGGAAAGAAACAGGAUUCUGUAUUGCCUGUUAUUCCUAACACAUCAGGUCAUCGGGAGUUGCGUAUGAAUUCUAGUCUACAGGUUUUAUCAGGCAGCGCACUGAGUGAAAAAGCCACUGAUGUAAAAAGCUUGAAGGAAAAUGUUGUUCAAGAAUCAAAAGAUGCUAUCCACGAGCAGGCAUCAUUGAACCCUGGCGAUCAUGAUUUAAAACUCUCAGAAAAAUCAGAUGAUUUAGCUAAGCAGACAGUGACUUCACCAUCAAAUGUUACUAAAGUUGCAGGGUCAGAAUUGCAGAAUUCCAAUGUUCAUGAUUCUGCUUCAGUUGCCAAAGGGAGUUCUUUACAAGUCACUUCAUCCAACAUUAAAAUUAGCGAUGAUUCAGGGAGUGAAACUGUGCUUACUGAGAUGACAAAGGAACAGACUAUUGAUGGCAGAACACAUCAAGCCGUGGAAGCUUCAAAAACUGCCCCUUCUAUUAUUGAUUCUCCAGCCAGUUCAAUACCUGGUACUGCAACUAUGGAAAAUAUUGGUAAGUCUUCAGAUCAUAUGGAUGUGAAGGUUGUUUCCAGUGUCCCAUCAAGCAUUUCCUGCCCUCCCCCUCUAGGCUCUGAGUCUUCUCAUCCUUGCCCAUUGCCAUCUGAAUCUAUGCCAGUAAAAAGGCAAGGUCGUAAAACUCAGAAUAGAGCAGAGCCACCACGACGCAGGGGAAAAAGACAAGGUUCAGCUUUACCUGUUCCCACUGCUUUGGCAGGUCAGGAUCCUGAAGCUGCUGCUUUAGUAAAUCAUGGAGGUGAGGGUCAGGAAGGGACAAAUGCUACUCAAUCUCAGCAACUCCAGAUUCAUUUGCCCAGUGGUACAGUUGUUCAAGAUUCAAAAAGAAAAGAGAGGGCCAUCUAUUCUUCCCAAAAUAAGCAGCAGAAAAGUUCAUCAGCAAGGGAUGAUUGUGUUCCUGGAUCCUCAGAUAAGGUUGCUUCUAUUGGCCGAAUUCAGAAUGUGAAUGACGUUGCUCGUGUGAUGAAGGAAUUUUUUUCUGGAACUUGCUCGGCAAAGCCUAGAGCACAUGACUCUGUUGUGAUUGAAGAUAAGAACAACCUGGUUGUAGGUGUAACGACUAAAAUGGCGGUGGAAGAAUUGAAUAACCAGGGCUGUGACGAUAAACAAUGUUCUGAUACAACAACUUCUGGAGCAACAAGUAUAACUUCAGCACUUUCAGUAGACGAGGAUGAAAAACUGUCAGGGGAGGUAUUGGAGGCUCAUAAUCAUGAGGAUAAAAUGAAUUCAGAUAUCCCACCUUCUGGAGCAGCAUGUCUUACUUCAGUUGUUCCAGUGAAUGGGAAUGAAAAACAAUCAGGAAUUUCAUCUGACUUAAAAGCAGUUUUGAAUGAGGUUCUGACUGUCAAUGAAGCUGAAGUCCACUCCAGUGAUGUCAGUGAAAAGGAACAGAUGCAAAAUUGCAUUGAGUCUUCAAGCUCUCGGAUUGAGGCUGAGGCUCAGCAUGAUGCAAGUCCACUUAAUGCUGCCCAAGGAAAUGUUGGUUUUGACUGUCUUCCUACUGGUGAUGGAUCUUCCUUGCUGAAGUCUGCAAGUUCCUCACCUCUUGAAGUUGGUGGCACUGGAUGUCGAGCAAUUCCCCUGAAAACUGACAAUUCUAGCAAUAAUGCCAUCGAUGGUCAGGUUGACACCUCUAAUCCUUCUUCACUUCUUGCUUCUUGUCAUGGUGAUGGCUCUGGGUUAUUGGCUCAGCCUGAAGCUAUAGGCAGUCAAUCUGAGGUGAUCCCAUCUGGUCUUGCAACAACUCCUCAUUCUAGGACGAUUGAGGUUUCUGAUAUGUCUGAACAUGGUGAAAUUAAUUCUGAAAAGGAAGCUGAGUAUUCUUUACAAGUGUCUGCGGAACUUUCUCUUGAUGGCUCUAAAACUUCCACAUCUGCCAACCUUGAUAAUAAUGAUAGUGCAGAGCCAUUAAUCCAGAGCUUGCAUCCUGCCCCUUUGAGUUCGCUGGAGUCUGAGAUUAAGUUUACAAUUGAAGAUAAUUCUCAAAAUGUAUUAGAGCCUUAUAGUAAAGAGAUUUCCAAAUCACCUGAAAUGGAAGGUUUUGGGAGGCGCAAACCUGUUCUUGCAGAUGUGAAGCCUUCAGGUUCUGAUAAUUUUGAUGGGGAUAGUUCUAAGAAGUUAGAAGAAUCUUUAGUGCAAUCUGAAGCUACCGAAUGCUCUGUUGAUGCCAAUGUGGAAAGUCCAAUGGGUUCUCCAAAAGUCACUGAUGUUAAAGCUGCUCUUACAUCUGGUUGCACUUUGCACGAGACUCAACCUUUGGAGGGCCACUUAGAAACCCCCUGUGAGGAAAAAAUGGAUGAAGGGGAUUGCAAAUGUGAACAGUUGCAAGCAGCUGUUGCCAACCCUGCCAAUAGUGACAUGGAAAUAGACUCAUCUGACAGUAAAAGAAUUAACGUUUCUCAGGUUGAGAUUGUGCCCGAGAAUGCAUCAAACACAGAUUUGUCUUCUUCCUUUGUUAACGAGGAAGAAUUACUUAAAAACCAAGCCCAUGAGGAACCUGUUGAUGCAACAAUGAUGUCACAAGCUUCUGGAUCAGAAACUGUUGGUGUUUCUCACGUGACUGACAUUACAUCUGACACUGCUGGUCUGCCCUCAUUAUCCUUGGUGCAAGAGGAAAAUAGGACAUCAUCUGGAAUGAAUCUAGUUAAGGGCUUAGAACCUUUGAAAGAGUCAAUGAAGGAGGGUUUGUGCAACAGCGCUGUAGUUCUGGAGGAAACAGAAGCUGCGACAACUGAUACUAAUGUUCACAUGGACUUAUCUGGUUGUCAUAUCUUGCAUGAAGAUUGUAACACUUCACAAGAAGAUUUGAAUAUUUCUUCUUCCUGUUUGAUGACAAAUAAAGAAAAAUUAGCGGGUUCUACCACAGGUAUCGAAUCAUGCAGUUUAUUACCAUUGGAUGAAUCAACUGAUUCUAAAAUUGAGUCAGGCAGUGUAAAUAUUACUCAGGAUGGCGAUGUUCUUUCUGGAGAUAAAACAUCAAUGACUUUGUGUUUGCCUUUGCCUCCCAUGGUGGGCAAGAAAGAAAAGGUUGCUUGUUCGUCUGAUGAUGGUUCUCAAGCUUCAACUCUGAGAGUACUGAAGUGCUCUGAUACUUUAUGUGAUAAAAAGGAAGUUUCUCAGGUUGAUGUAGUUGAAACUGUGAUAGAUGCUAUUUUUUCCCAAGUGAAAGACAAAGAACAAGAAGGGGUAUCGUUUGAGAAUAAUUCAGUUGUGAGAUCUGUUCCCCAGGAGGAUAUGGAUGGAUCUAAGGUGGAUCAGAGUAAUUAUAACGUUACUUUGCAAGCUGGUGAUAUUUUGCCAGAAAAUGCAGGGUUAGAAGUCAAUAUAUUGCCUCCAUUGAAAGAAGUAAAAGAUUUUAAGGUUGGAUGUGAUCAAAAGGAGUCCUCUAACUUGUUUGUUGAUCCAGAACAAGACUCAUUCAAAAUGAUGGAUGCACCUUCAUCUUCCUUGGUGAUGGAUGAAGAUAAGAUUGCUGUGUCAUCUGAUAAGGUUCCGCUGUGCAGUCCAGAUGAGAGUUACAAGGAAGCCCCUGAGGGCUCUACUACAACUACAUUACCACAACAGAAAUCAGAUUACUCUGAGGCUGAGAUGAGCAAGGAAAUGGAUAAUGAUCAGGUUCUUGGGGUUGAUCCAGAGGAACAUGAACAUCAAAACUUGAAUGUGUCUUCCUUGGGUAUGGUGCAAGAUAAGACUGAUGUCCCAUAUGAUAAAGGUCACAUCUCCAAUCUACUGUCUGGGGGGGAACUAAAAGACUGUGUUGAUGAUGGGAAGAGUAAAAAACAUGCUGAUGAGGGUUCCAUUACAAAACCAUCACAAGUGAAGGAAUCAGGCCUCUGUGAUGCUGAGGUGCGGAAUCAAAAGGAAUCAUCUCUGGUUGCAGGAACUAAUCCAGAAAGACUUGCUUUCAAAAACGUGGAUGUACCUUCUCCUUCCUCAGGGGUUGAGGAAAGUAAGAUUGAUGUCUCAUCUGAUGGGAAUCCUUGCAGUUCACUAGCAGCAGGUGAAACUGAAGUUAGUUUGAUUGAAGAAGAGAAUUGUGGGAAUGCCAUUGUGAGUCUCAUGAUAAAUCCUUUACUGCCCCGAGAAUCACAUAAUUCUAGAGUUGAAAUGGCUGAUAAACCUGAAAAACUUGAAUUGAGAAACGUGGAUGUGCUUCCUAUGGAGAUUGAAGAAAGUAAAGAUGUGUCAUACGAUAAGGACCCUCCUUGCAGUUCAGUAGCAGUGGUGGAACCAAAAGGUUGUUUGACUGAAGAGGAGAAUAGGAGGGAUGCGACUGCAGAUCCCAUUACAUGUCCAUUAUCCCCCCUGGAGUUAUGUAAUUCUGAAGCUGAAAUGGUCAAUCAAAUGCAACUAACUCAUAUUGCUGGAGAUAAGCCUGAAAAACUCGAAUCGACAAACAUGGAAGUACCUUCAUCUUCCGAUGAGAUUGUUGAUAGUAAGGUUGAUGUGUCAUAUGAUAAGGAACCUCCCAACAGUUCUCUAAACCCAAGGGAAUCUAGAAGUUGUUUGGCAGAAGAAGAAAGUUGUAGCAAUGCCACUAUGGCUCCCGUUACUAAUCCAUUACCAGCCCAGGAAUUUAGUAAUUCUGGAGAUGAGAUGAUUGAAAUGGUUGCACCAUCAUCUUCCAUGGGGACUGAGGAUGUCGUUGUGUCAUAUGAUAUGGGACCUCCUGGCAGCUCAGAAGCACCAGGGGAACCAGGUGGUCUGACAGGAGGGGAGACAUGUGGGGAUGCUACUAUGGCUCUCAAUAAGGAUCUAUUACCACCUCAGGAAUCAAGUAAUUCUGAAGCUGAGAUGGGUGAAAAAAAGAGUGAGUCGCUGGGUGGCGGAAUACCUGUUGGUGAUGAUGCAUUGAGGUGCCGAGCUUUGACUUUGACCAUCACUGCAGGAGCGGGGGGGAAAGAGUUGUCCGAGAAAGGUCCAGUAGGCACCUCUGAAGUGCAAUAUGAAUCAGGAAGUUGUAGACCUGAUAUGAAGGAUAAGGCAGGUAUUGUUGAAAGCUGCGCAGCUGGGAUGGAAAAUGCAACAGAAACUCCAUGUCCUUCAGCCUCGGCUGAAGAGGAUGAGUGCUCAUCUGAGAAGGGUAUAGAUGGCCGCACAGCGGGGAUGGAGGUGUCAAAAGGAUCUAAAGCUCAAAUAAAAGAUGGCAAGACUUUCAUCGAUGAUUGUUCUGAUGUGCUAGCUGCAGAAUCAAUGGAUGGGGGUUCACCUCCAGAGCCUUCAGCAGCUGAGGGUAAUCAUGGAGAGAGCUCGGAAAGUGAUGAAAUGAUCAACAAUGAUCCUGUCCUGCCAGAAGACGUAUUGAAGGAAUCUGAAGGUGAUAUAACUGAUGGAAAUGCGGUUACUGAAGCUAACCUGGAUAUUCUAUCAUCAGCAUCGACAGACAGGGUUUUGCCUCCGUGUUCAGCUGCCGAGGGUAAUCAGGUGAACUCAGAUGCUGAUGUUACAGACAAUGCUGAUCAUGUCAUUCUAGGAAAUGUAUCGAAAGAAUCUAAAGCAGAUACUGCUGAUGGAAAGAAUGUUCCUGAGGGUUUUUCGGAUAUGCUAGCAACAGCAUCAGUAGACCAUGCAUCGCCUCCAUCUUCCACGGGAACAGAGGGUUACCAGGGUGGUAGCUCAGAAACUGAUGUUGCAAACAGCGGCAAUGAUUGCAAGCAAGAAAAUGUAUUGAAAGACAUGGACCAACCUUGUUUUUCGGCUGCAGAGGGUGAAAUUGAAGAGAUAAUGUCUGAGAAAGAUCUUACUGCUGGCGCAGGUGUCCGGCAGGAAUCAAAAGAACACACAAUGACUGAGGAUGGAAGAGGCGCUGCACAAGAUUUGGAGACUGUAAUCACCAAAGCACCAGGAAAAAAGAAUCCAUCUUUGCCGCCUUCACCAGAAGUGGAGGGUGAUAAUAGUGCACAGAGCUUGCCUGAGAAAGAGCUGGCUGAGAGUUCAGCGGCAUCAGGAGUAAAAGAACAUUAAGCUGACUAAUAAUUAAAUGGGUGUGUGUAUCUAGAAGUUGUGUACAGAUGUGUUGUAUUCUUUUGCCGAAAUCUGAUAUGAUCUAGCAUCUACCUAGUUAUUUCAUUUGGCUAUAAUUUUAAUGUAGGAAUGAGUUCACAUCUACACUAGCGAUCAUCGUCUACAAAUGUAAAGGGUCUAUGACUUCUCCGAGGAUCUUGUUAAAAAUAAUAGCAUUAUUAAAGUUGGUGACAGUGUUCUGAAAGGAA